UCGAACAGGUGUCAGCGAUGAUAUCGCCGAGAGCAUCGCGCUCAGUUUGUGCGAGACGUUCUAUCGUGAAUGACGGUUCGUUGACUUAAUAUCUUCUUUUUCGAUGUGAGUGUCUAUCUGGAUAAUUCGAUUCGUCAGCGCCGACUGACAGGACGAGGCAACAUCAGUGGGUUACCUCGUAAUCCAUAAAGUCACGUAUGUCUCCCGAAAUGACAAAAUCUCGUUUUUGCUUAUCGAGUGAUCGACGAUGAUCGAUGUCUCGCGAGUGUUGAACUGUAAACAGAGUACUGUCUCUACAACACUGGAACGUUCCUGAUUUUGUUUACGCCGAUCAGGCACGGAAUGCGAUAGCUGUCAGUUGUCGCGCUAUGCUCGCCGAAAUUCAGACAUUUAAAAACAGAGGAACGAAAGGUGGAAGUUUUACGGUGGUGCGCGAUAUAACUUGACGUAAUAAUCGACCGGCUGAGAAGCGCGACGUAAAUAUUUUAGCGGCGACUAAGAGCUUCCUCCAAUCGCUAAUUCAAGUACAUCUCCUGGAGCUUUAGUCAACCAUCAAAUGCGACACAAUUGAUUUUAGUACGAACGGGUGUCUCUCCUAAGGACGAGGGACACUUUCAUCUUGUCGGAGGACGGCAGAGAACGAGCGCACACUUUUGUUAUCCAGCUCUGCUCAUCGCUUCGUUAGAUUGCUCUCAAAAGGGCAAUACGAACAUCGCGCUCAUCAGGUAUCCAGAAUGCAAUCACUUUCGCAUACCGUCGCAAGAUCUGACGGGCGAGCGAGAAGGUCGCAUAAGUAGACUGGCUCAUUCGUUUUACGAUUUCCUUCCGUUGUCCUCGGGAAAGGUCCUCCGAGACGGGAAAGCUGAAGAAGAUCUCGCCCGGAGUACCCAUUGACCUAUUAACAAGACGGAUUAGAAGAAGAAGAAGGUUUACCAACUCGCUGGAUUAUCGAGUGCUCUUUGUUUGCGUGCGCGAUAUCGAGACGAUAUCUCACUGUGCAUACGCGCGUGAGCUGAGGAAAGUAUCGUGGAUCACGAUGAAUCGAAUGAACGUGUGACAGACAAUGCACCCUCGCGAGGACUCCGUCAUGGAGACGUGGAACGGCGACAGCCACGUGUUCGAUUUCUGGUGGGACUGGGACCUGACUAACUUGACCGAGGCCGAGUACUUGGACAGGGUGCUCGGGCCGAAGCAUUUGCCCAUGAAGAUGGUGAUACCGCUCACGAUCGUUUAUGUGGCGGUCUUCGUGACUGGGAUCUUCGGCAAUGUUACCACGUGCAUCGUCAUCAUCAGAAACGCCUCCAUGCAGACCGCUACUAAUUACUACCUCUUCAGUCUGGCCAUAUCUGACCUGACUCUACUUAUACUAGGUCUCCCCAACGAGCUAAGCGUGUUCUGGCAGCAAUAUCCAUGGGCGCUGGGCGCGGGCCUCUGCAAGAUCAGGGCAUACGUGUCGGAGAUGUCGUCCUACGUGUCAGUUCUCACGAUAGUGGCUUUCUCUAUGGAGAGGUAUUUGGCCAUCUGUCAUCCGCUGAGUGCCUAUUCGAUGAGCGGUCUCAAAAGACCUGCACGUUUCGUUUUCGCGGCCUGGUCGAUCGCGAUAGUCGCGGCUAUCCCGUUCGCGAUUUAUACCAAGGUCAAUUUCAUCGAAUAUCCACCAGGAUCUGGCAAUUAUUCGGCCGACUCGGCGAUCUGCGCGAUGCUUCUGCCCAACAUGCCGAGUUUUCCCCUUUAUGAGCUCAGCUUUGUCGUGUUUUUCCUGAUACCGAUGUUGGUCAUUCUGUUCGUGUACGUGAAGAUGGGAUUGAAAAUCAGGAGCAGUACCAAGGAUGCACUAGGUCCAAUACCGGGUUCCGUUCACGGCGAAUAUCGGCAGAUGCAAUCCAGGAAGUCUGUCAUUAGGAUGUUAAGUGUGGUCGUGAUCAUGUUUUUUAUUUGCUGGGCGCCGUUUCACGUCCAGCGAUUACUCUACGUGCACGCGCUGGGAUCCGAUUAUUAUCCGGAUUUAAAUGAAUGGCUGUACAUCGUGAGCGGCUGCCUGUAUUACUUCAGUACUACGGUGAAUCCUAUCCUCUACAAUGUUAUGAGUAUAAAAUAUCGCCAGGCGUUUAAGCAAACGAUAUGCUGUAGAACGAGAAGAACGGCCAGCGGAAUCUCGAUGGAUAAGGAACCUCGUCUAUGCAGAUGCGAUUCCACGAGAGAAGCCCACGAUCGAAGCCUUAUGUGUUCCAUUAGGCAUGCCGUUGCUCGCGUCAGAGAAAUGUUUCGCUUCAUGUCGGGCGGAGAGGAGAACGCUAAGAAUACAAGCAGGAAUAACGUAAAUACAGAGGAUGCUCCUCUUCAUAACGCUUAUCUGUUGCGAAAAGAGGAUAUGUCGUCGGAGCCUCUCUUUGAACGGGGACAUCUUCUAGCUUACCAACAGCCCAGCAACGAGAGCACAUCAUCCACAAAGAGAUCGGACGAUACUGUUUCUAUAGCUAUCAGCGGUCUGUGAUUCGUUCACGUUCGCUUGCAAUUUUUUGUUUAAACGAGUCUAUAGUUAUUUAUUAUACGCACAAGGAAUUGCAAUGCACACAAGGAAUCUCAUCCGGGCAAAUACGAUUCCUCGGACGAGGUCCACAAUCGAAGCUCCGCGUGUUCGACUAGACGGUAAAAUCCGCGAGGUCCUGGCAGCCGGUGAUUUAGAAUUUAAGGAUCCCGCAUGGUCCUUAAAGCGACUGUCUUCAGAGUUCAAAGCGAUAUGAGACGUUGUAAAUAAUUAUAAACAGUCGAAAUUGUCGCUUGCGACACAAACCGCAGAAAUUUUAUACUAUUUAUACUGGAAUAAAAUUUUACACGAGUUGCGUCAGGCAUCUUGUAUAUAUUUUUUUAUCGUUUUUGCCACAUACUAAUGGUUCAAUUAAUUUUUUCACGCACUCUUUUGCUACGCAAAAACAGACAUUAUAAUUAUGUGCAUCCCUUUAAAUCGUGGUAAAACAUAGGGAUGUAAGCUUUUGCUUACGUUUGCGCUUAUAAUAAAUAGGGAUAGAGAUGUCUUUAUUUUUUAUCUCUAAUUCUAGUCCUAAUUUCUAUCAAUACAAUUAUUGACUGUUUUAUCACAGUUAAACGAUCUUUGAACAAAAGAAAUUAUUAUAAUUAAUAAAACUAUUCAAGAGCGGGUAUAUUUCAUCACGUAUUUCAUUUCAUCACGUAUAUAAAUUGUUUAUAGAAUUGUUUGUGCUGAUAUAUCUCGCUUGCCGGAAAAUAACGGAUACUUUGUGACUGCAAUUUGAAGAUAAUACGUGUGUAAAAUGUGAUACCCUUUUAACAGAAAUAAGAUAUUUUUCCGUACACAGUUUAAAUAGUACAGCUGGUGGUUGUCCCGAGAAUACUGAGAAACUAUUUACAAAUUUUCCUGAGUGCUACAGUUAUUGUUGACAAACUGAACUGUAUUUGAAAAUGAAACGAUCUACGUAUAUUCUACGUUACUAAGAAGAAUGUCACGUAUAUGGAAUUCUUAAACAAUUUAUUAUAUUCA